ACACACCCACAGACUCUGGUGCUGAUGAGCGACCUGGCCACCGUGUUGGAUCUUCAGGGUCGCCAUGACGACGCCCUGGCGCUGGUCCAGCAGGCGGUGGAUCUGAGCCGCUCGGCGGGACACCCGGACCAACACGUGCUGCUGGGAAACAUGGCGGGCAUCCUGCUGCACACAGGACGGCUGGACGACUCGGUGCGCUUCUACCACGAAGCUCUGAGUCUGGCUCGGCAGGCCGGAGACCAGGAGGCUGUGGACCAGAUCCAGGAGGGACUGAAGGAGGUGAAGAAGAGGAGGAGCCAGGAGAGGAAGGAGGAGGCUGCACAGGAGUGAUGGAUCCUCAGAGAGCAGGAGGAGGAGCAGGAGGAGGAGCAGGAGGAGGAGUCUGUCAGUCUGUCUGUUGGUCCAUGACAUCAAAUUUAAACUUCUCGCAUCACAGCUCCUUCACCGGCGACAUGAAACGACAUGCAUCCAUACGGCAGGCCCAUUCAGAGCGCUGUGCAGAGCAAUAAAAUAUAAAAAUGUAAGAAAGGAUCUGGAUUUACAACAAAAAGUAAAGAAAUCAUAUAUAAUAGAUACAAUUAAUGACUAAAUAUUUUUAAACAUUUAAAAUAAAAAUCACCAUUAAAAGUCUCCAGCCAGUUUAAAGAGACUUGACCAGUCAGAGACACAGAAGAAACCUCCGUAAAGUUUCACUGACCUCCAUACUGCUGUCUGUUUACCUCCGGCCUGUCCGUGACUUCAAACAUGACUCGCUCACACACACACACACACACACACACACACACACACACACACACACACACAGAAACUCAUGCAGUGUCAUGAGCUGUGUACACAGCUCUGCUCUACUGGCAAUAAGACAGCAGUCUGUUGCCUGUUUUUAGUGAGUUUACCAUGUUUCAAAAACCUGUGUUCACAUAUCCAGGAUGACCUCUGUGACCUCUGGGACCUCUUUGACCCCGCCCUCAGCAUCUGUUCCUCUGGUAAUCAUGAAAUAUCCAAAUCCACAGUUCAGCUGCUCCACAUACUGAUCCAGACCACGUUUAGACAAGAACGGCCCGACAUUGAGAGAGCGGUCCUCGUGCACAUGGAUCUUCAAAAACAAAACGCUGCAGUCUGCACGCCAGGCCAGCAGCUGGCGAUGUAACUCUGUAAUGUCACAACAUAGAAGACGACCACGUGAAGUGCGGCCGUGACGUCACCGUCCUGUCAGGAUCACGGCGACAGAAGGGGUGGCGGUGUUUUCAUGUGAAUGAAAGGCCAAACCGCAACCUAAGUUUAACGUUUCUGUUGCCAUGGAAACAUCCCUCAUUGGUGUAAUUCAUUGAUCCUGUUCGUGUCCUCCAGAGGACAAACGCUUCAGGUUUAUUUUUAUUUUGCUGUUUGUGUGUAAAACUGAAAUAAAUGAUCCCGAAGUGA